GGGUCAGCCCUUUAAUGAAGAUAGUCUGCUUAUGUUUGUUACCGAACCUCACACUAACACACUAUUAUCGAGUGCAAGUAUUUCCUGCGGUUCUAUUUUUUUAACCAGACAUUCUGGGUUCAAGUUGAAGAUGAUACUAAGUUACUAACGGUAGCCCGAGGUAGCUAGCGUUAGCAUGCUAGCCGCCAGAGGAAAAUGAGAGUAGUAUUAUUAGCUUAUUGCACAGACCGUGUCCAGCAGAGAGACAGAGAAAAUGUACAUGUUAGCACAGGCUGAGUUCUCUGUCUUGUCUCUGCCUUGGACAACUCAAUAAGCCAUGAUCACCACAGAGGCAGCAAGAGAGUUCCAGGCCAAAGAACGCAAGUACAAAGAGCAGCUGAAGAGAUGUUUAUCAUCGGCUUUGUCUGCAGACCUCAGCAGGUUGCUGCAGGAGGAGCUGGAGGCUGAUGUUUCUCUGUGUGCAGGCUCGGCCUCGCUCCGAGCACACAGAGCCAUACUGUUGGCCAGAGCUCCUCAGGUUCUUCAGGAACAAGCACACAAAGAUCCCGCCGUCAUUCACCUGCCUGGCUGUGAGCUGUCCGGCCUUAAAGACUUCCUCUGGCGAGUGUACACAGCAGACCAGAGCAUGCGGUUGGCUGAAAUAAUCCCAGACAUGGACGGCUCAGUGCCAAAAAGUAGUCUGUCUCUUCCUGACCCGGCAGACCUUCAUAGCUGCACUGACUCAGACGCUGUUCCUGAGCCAGCCUCGGGCCUGGGAGCUGACCUGCUCAAUCUGUAUCAAAGGGGAAGGCUGUGUGACAUUACCAUCCAAGUGGCGGAGCAGGUCUUCUCCUGCCACAGGGCAAUCCUGUGUGCGCGGUCUCAGUACUUCCGUGCCAUGCUGAGCGGGAGUUGGAUGGAGAGCUCCAGACAGUGCAUCACUCUGCAAGGCUUAGGGCCAGAUGAGAUGGAGAUCCUGCUCCAGUUCAUGUAUGGGGCCAUAGUGGAUCUGCCGCCUGGAGCCAAUGCCAGUCAGGUGGUGCUGGCAGCGGACAUGCUGGGUUUGGAGGGGCUAAAAGACGUGGUGGAGAUGGUUCUGACCAGAGACUACUGCCGCUUCUUCCCCAAGCCGAUAGACAGCGUUCAGAGAACAGUUCUUGAGUGUCUGUCCCUCACACACGCCAUAGGCCUUCAAAAACUCCACAUGCUGUGCAAGAGGUGGGUUGCUGAUCAUUUUGUGAAAACCUGGUGCGAGAGGAACUUUUCCCUCUUGUCCCCUGAGCUCCACAGAGCCUGUCUAACAGCUGUAACUGACACCAUGACUGUGCAGAAUGCAGUAACCAUGCUCUGUGGCACUGAGCAGUUAAUUGGCAGUCUCCCAGAAGUCAAGUGGGCCCAACAGGUGAGGAGUCUGUCCACUGAGCUGCAGGAGGAGAGCCUCAGUGUCAUUGUCCAGCAUCUCCCCAAAGUCAUCCACACUCAGGCUUUCCAGGACCUUCGCAGGAGGGAAGAGUUUACCCGAGAGCCCACGUUGUUGAAGAAGCUGUGUUCGGCCAUCAGAGAAGGUGUGACUGUGGACAACUGCUGUGAUCUUUUCACUGCUGUGUCUCAUCUAUGUGGCGAUGACAUGGAAGGGGAUGCACUUCAAGACCAGAUAGGGCAAAAACAAGAAGAGCCGUUCAGGCAAGAGAUUUGUACGCUACGCGGUCGACUGUGGACCUUCCUGCUGCAGAGUUUUUACGCGGUCCGCCACACGCGGGGAUGGGAGACCCUGUCUUCCAAACACAGAGAGAGAAUACUGGCAGAUGCUAUUGAUAAAGGAGACAAUCGAAAACUUGGUAAAAAGCCCGUAUUCACUAGCUCACAGCCAAGGGCCAUAAAAUGCCCUUCAUCUGCACCUGAGAGUCCUCCUGUGCACAGGACCAAGAGGGUGUCUGAAAACACAACAACUUUGUCCCGUAGAACUGCAUCAGCCAUGAAGUCUGAUGGACUGGGGACAGCGAACAAACCAGGGGAUGGUCACACAUCCAAGGCAAAGAAUGUGAAGAAACCAGGUGACCGAGGCGUAGCACCAAAAGCGAAGACCACGUCAGCUGGCACACCAGUUGUAAAUGGCACAGGUGCCUCAGGCGCCAGGCGGGAAGUAGCCAGUGCCAAUGGCCCCAGAAGCUCUCAUGGGCCUAAAGAGCAAGAAAAGAAGCCAAACCCAGGUGCACGGCCUAAAACAUCUCCCCCAAGCUGCAGAUCUGCAAGCCAGACCACGGUCAUGAAGGCUCAGAGGAGUUCAGCAGGAAAGUCUGACAGCACUCCUGGCACCACUCAGGCUCAGCCCAGCGUUUCAUCCACAUCAGGCAGCGCCUCGCCAGAGAAUGGUGCCAGCAGCCCUCGCAAUGACUCUCACCCUAUCCCAGGUGCAAAGCCCAAACACCAGGCUAAGGCGGUGAACAAAUCCCCACUGACAAAACCACCUCAAAAAUCAGAAACAACAAAGUCCGGCAGUCCUACCAAUAAAUCAAGUGUGAGAGAAAGUGGCAAAGGGAAGACUGGUGCAGCAGAGAAAGGAUCUUCUGGAGUGAGUGCAGCAAAAGCAGACACUAAGGGAAGAGGCACACCAGACCUCCAUGUCUCUAAGCAUGGGUCCUCUGUGAAAAAGUCAGCAUCCCCCAGGAAAGAAGACAGCAAAGAUGGGUUGAAAUCUUCCGUGCCGGACAAAGCGGCCAGCGAGCCUCCUAAAAAGAAGAUCACAAAAUCCGUUUCAACGACUGGAGCCUCAGCUAAAUCCAGUGCUAAACCAGCAAAAACCUCUUCGGCCCCUACCAAGCAGUCUUCUGUAGUGGCUGCCAAGUCUGGACCAAAGCCUAAAAGUACUACUGAAUUAUCUAUGGAGAAAACUUUAAAAUCUGGAGGGACUUCCAAAACCUCAGCCGCUUCUGCCUCCAAGAAAUCCGGAACCCAAGAAAAAGAGGCAGGGAAUGAGAAAACUGAUCUUGCUCCAACUGAAAACACAGGUGAUGUUGCAGAGCAUCAAUAUAGUACAGCCAUACUUGUCUCUGAUCAGCCUGCAGCACACACACAGCCGGCAAGCCAGGAUGGAGGGGAUCCACUUAGCGAUCAAGUAGAAUCAAGCCCUAAGCAGACUCUCCAGAAGAACGAGAUGCAGUCAGAAAACACUAACGGUGCAGGUGAUGAGACCACUAUUAGACCAGCACCGAACAACAUCCCCCAUGUCAAAUCUGCUAAUGCAGGCAAACAGUCCUUGAGCAGUGUCAUACCUGCUCACGUCAGCGGAGGGCAAGCUUGUGAGGUUAGCUCCCUGAACUCUCCAAGAGACACUGAACGCCCCGUAGAUACCCCGUGCAGCGUGGGAAGCACCGACACUCCCUUAGAGGACUCCUGGAGCGGCAUGCAUCAUCAGGUCAGCCCGGAGUCUGAGUCCGCCAGCACCCACACCACCUCCUCUGACGACAUCAAGCCCCGCUCAGAGGACUAUGAUGCAGGAGGCUCCCAAGACGACGACUGCUCCAACGACAGAGGUGUUUCCAAGUGUGGCACCAUGCGCUGCCACGACUUCUUGGGUCGCAGCAGCAGUGACACAAGCACUCCAGAGGAGUUGAAGAUGUACGAAGGCGGGGCAGGAUUGAGAGUGGAGGUACGCCUACGUGGACGAGAAGCAGAGACCACCAGCGAGGAGGAGGGAGUAAGACAGCGUCCUCGUUCGUGGUUGCAAAGAGAUGAGGUUCCUGUCGAGGAGGAGCACUCAGAGGUCGAGACCACUCUGACUAUAAAGAGCGUGCCCGACCACCAGCUCUUCUCUUCAGAGGAAGAGGAGGAAGAUGAAGACGAAGAGGCGACAGAGGAUGAGAGGUCGGAAGUUGAGGUCAUUCCAGGUCAAGCCCCGCCACCGCCAACUGAACCCUCACCGCAUUUUCAGGGGAUUGUCAACCUUGCUUUCGAUGACGACGGCGUGGACCAGGAGAACGACCAGCCCGACUACCAGUCGACUUCUAAUUUCCGUCGGUCAGUGUUACUUUCUGUUGAUGAGUGUGAAGAGUUGGGCUCAGAGGAGGGUGGCAUCCAAACCCCACCUCAACAGCCCGACGGCGCUGUGACUCUCUGUGAUGUUUUUGAGUCGGACUCUACAGUUACCAGUGACCGUCAGAACCACCUUGAAAAUUCCAGCAUGAAGCACAAAGAACUGGAGGACCAGAAAGAAAAAUCCUCCAUAUUCCUUACAGAGAUCCAGGAGCCCGUGCAGGAGGAGAGUAAUCGCAUUCAGGUGGAUGGAGUGAAGUCCAGCGGCCCAUUGCUGGACACUGACUCUAGGGACGUCCCUUCCCAGGAGCGCCCAUGCCACCUGGAUCUGCGGCACACCGAACAGUACAAUGGAGGGCCCAAAAAAAGUCACGCCAAUCUCUCAGAAAGCAAGAAAGCUGAUUUACAUCUAGACUUAAAUGAGCCUCAGCUGACAGGGGACUCUCCUGUACAUGCUACACAAUCUCCAGCAGGGGACAAUGGUUGUGACAGAUUGGAUCAAACCUGCAAACAUGACCGCCGACCAUCCAAAGCCCUCUCUCCCAUUUACGAGAUGGAUGUGGGAGAAGCCUUUGAGCACUGCUCGGACAAGGACAGGAAUGUUAAAGUGAAGGCUGAGGAGGAAAAGCAAAGAGGGGAUGAUAACAAAAGCAGCGAGUUUGCAGAGCAGGACUGGAGCCUGCUCAGGCAGCUCCUGUCGGACCACGAGUCCAAUCUAGGUGUCAUAAACCCCGUGCCUGAGGAGCUCAACCUGGCCCAGUACCUUAUCAAGCAGACACUGUCUCUGUCACGAGACUGUCUGGACUCACAGAACUUCCUGUCCCCAGAGAAGGAGACCUUCAAACGCUGGGCGGAGCUCAUCUCGCCUAUGGAGGACUCCUCCACCAGCAUAACAGUGACCAGCUUCUCCCCGGAAGACGCUGCAUCUCCACAGGGCGAGUGGACCAUCGUGGAACUGGAAACACAUCACUGACUGCACAGACGAGAGUCUGCCAGACAGCCGGCACCUUCCCUGUGAACUCUGAGCAUCUUUACAUCAGUUUUGUCUUAAUUUAUUAUAAUUUAUGAAAUGAUUCCCUCUCUCUGCAGAACUCUGGACUUUUGCAGCAGCUUAUUUGCAUUCCCCAUUAUGCCCUCUGGACUGUUUCUUGACACAGAGGGGCUGUUAUGCAUGCUGAUACUUUUUUGUAUGUUUGACUGUUCAAUUGAUGUUGCUUCAAAAACUUUAGAAGAGAAUAGAAUAAGAAAAAAACAUUUCUCUCUCAUUGCAGUCUGCUGAUAAUAUGGUUGACUGAAGUUUCUUAAAGAAAAUUAAUUAUGGCCUACUGGCUUGCAUUUAAUGUCAUAUUGAAAAUAAAGAUUUGUGUUUCUGGGAAAACGAAAUAGGUUAGGUUUAUUCCUUUUUGUAGUUUUGUCAGUUUGACCCUGUCCUUUUUAUAUGGCACACAGCAGAGCUUUUACUCGACAGACAUGCUCGAGUUAAAAUGGCUGCGUUCUAAAGGUUUAUACUGUAACAAGUGCAAGGAAAAACUCCUUUACAGCUUACUGUAAAUUAGCAUAAGCAAAGAUACGCCUGUAACAAAAAUAAAUCUAACAAACC